AUGUCUUCCAUCCUCUCUGUCCUCAAAGACAAGCUCGGGGAGUACAUGCUCGCCCUUCCUGACAGCGCCACUGAGUGUGAAGAUUACGAGGCCUGGGCACAGGGGUUUGCCAAGCAAGUGGCUGUGUUUGAUUGUUCCGCUGAUGAGCGCGCCACCUCUCUAAGCGCCGGGACCCCGUUUUCGCAGUUCUACGAGCACGAGCAUGCUGACCUCAGGAGAUACCCCAGAGACCACCGGGUGGCCCCGCCGCCUAGAGCGAUCCCUCCAAUGCCCACUACGACCUCAGCAUUACGGUAUCGGGCCGACGCGGUCUUGUCUCACACCCCCCCCCGUCAUCGUCUCGCAUCAUCUCACUCAGCCCCACGCGUAUCGCACGACGACCUCGAGCCUGCUGCACCCGCAAAGACCUCGCCAAGCUCUCGCCAUACGCCUCGCAAGCAUCGACCGCACGGACCUCACCGCGAGCAGCUCCGCGACGCGAUAUCGCAGAGAGCUUUAUCGCGUGCGCUUAUUGGGUAG